UAACAUUGCGUACUUUUGGUUAGACAAUCAGUUGAGACUGGAAGCUGAAAUAUGCUUACAAGGCAAAAAGAAAUUGUCUGGAAAGAGGAUCACUGGCUUUCAGUUUUCCGCACUGACCCAAGCAAAGUCAUUGUCACUUCAGCUGAUUCACUUGUGCUGGUAUUAUCUGGAGUAGAUGUCGUAUGCAAAUUCAAGGCAUCAGGGUUUCAGAUUGCAGCCAGUCAGAUGUUUGCAACUUUCACCCAAGAUGGGAAACAUAUCAUUUCUGCAAGUGAGGAUUCUAAUGUUUACAUCUGGAACUACACAAAUCAAGAUAAGAACUCUUCCCGAACUAGGAAAAUUUGGUCUUGCGAGCGUUUCCUAUCUCAUAAUGUAUUGGUUGCUCUACCAUGGCUUGGUAUUGAAACCAUGCCAGGAUCACUUCCAUCCUCAAUUUUGAGUCAGAAUUUGCGGAGGAAUAGCUUCAUAAACCAGUAGAAGCAUAAGAAUCCUAAGGCGGACCUGGAACAGAAAAUGCCGCACUCUUCACCAGAUUGUUUCUCUUUGACGCGCCUUGAAGUCUUUGAUGAAGGGUCCCGUGACUUGGCCAGAAGAGGCACUUCCUAAUUCAAGUCCUGCAAAGGUAACUCCUGAAAGGUGCAAAUCAAGUUAAAGAUUGUUA